AUGUCAUUAAACACAUGGAGACAGUUCCAGUUAUAUGAAAACAUUCCUAUUAGGGAUCCAUUUACCGAGAGCGAUCAACCGCUUUACUCUGAUCCCACGCUAACAGCUGUUGCGUCACUCAACGAAACGUAUUUAGCAAUUGCAGUGCAGGCAAGUGUGGUGAAGGUAGUAGAUCUUCAUGAUAUGACAUUACAAUUUGAGUUUGAGGCAUAUACGUCCGAAUAUCAAUUGACAUAUCUCGAAAGAGUGUCAGAUACCCUAAUAGUAAGUGUUGGUGAAUGUCUUGGGAAGCCUGUAUUGAUCAAAUUAUGGGAUUUAGAGAAAAUGCCGAAAGAUGAAAGUAAGUAUCAUGCGCUAGCGGAGGUUAGAAAUGGUUCCAAUGCAUAUCCAGUAUCCACAGUUUCUUGCAAUUUGGAUGCAUCAUGUAUUGCAGUGGGUUUCACAGACGGUCGUGUGAUACUAGUGCGAGGCGACCUUCUAAGAGAUAGGGGAUCAAAAUAUAGGAUCAUAUACGAAGAUUCGAAUAAGGAACCAAUUACUGCCCUUUCUUUGAGCAACGAUGGUAGCCGUCUUUUCGUGACGACUACGAACAAGAUUAUGUUAUUUAAUACAUCCGGCAGAAACAAUGGGAAACCUGAUAUGAUUUUAAAUGAUUCAGAAGGUGUUGAUUUGAACUGCGGGGUGUUGAACCGCUCGACGGAUGAGUUUAUUUGUGCACUAAAGGACAAGCUAGAUAUUUACAUGGGCUCUGGAAGUAAACGAUCGUUAAUUGUUGAUAUCCCCACAGCAAAACGUAUCUUUCCAAUAUCCGCAGAUCAUAUCCUAGUACUUGUGUCAAAUAUUACGACUUCCUCUUUGCAUUUGGGUAAGACCCCAAAUGAGACCAUUCGGGCAGUCAUCCUAGAUAUUAAGACCAAGAUAAUCUCUUACAGCUUACUUAUCACCAGCUCUGUGAUUGAUAUCUUUAGUGAUGGGGCAAGUGUCAACCUUUUAACUUCUAACGGUGUGAUUCACAAAUUAAGGCAAAAGAAGUUAGACGAUCAAUUGAACACCAUAUGUCAAAAGGACAUGUAUUCAGUAGCAUUAGAACUUGCCAAACAGCAUUCUCUUCCAGACGUGAAAGUUCAAGAGAUUAAAAAGUCAUACGGUGACUAUCUUUUCAAAAAGGGUUCCAAAAGGGAAGCAAUUGAACAGUAUAUGGGAUGCAUUGAAGUUUGUGAUCCAACAGAAAUAAUAUCAAAAUUUGGCGUCGAGCACAAAACGAAUUCAGAGGAUUCAAUAAAUCUUAAGGAUUUCCUCUGGAAACUAGUUAAAGAUGGGAAGGCAAAAGUUGAUCAUAUUACCUUAUUGCUCACUCUUUUAAUUAAAUUGCAUGACAUAGAAGGAUUGGGGUCGUUUCUUUCGCAUUUUAAGAGGGAUGGUGUCUUUAAUGAGAACCCUGAAGAAUUUGGAAAUUGGUCAAUGAACGAUGAUUCUUUCUUCUAUUCUGACUCAAGCUUAUUCGAUUUGGAUAUUGCUCUUCGAUUAUUGCUCGAAUGCAAUAUGUUGGAGCUAGCGCAAAAGUAUGUGUUGAAAUAUUCAAAGGAUCCUAGCCAAGUUGUCAGCAUCGUACUAUUGCAUAAAAAAGAUUCAUUUGGUGCUUUGAACUAUAUUAAAAGUCUACCAGUAGAUGAUGCUCUAAGGGUGUUGAUCAAGUUUUCAAGAAAACUAUUAGAUUUAAUUCCUAAUGAAACAAACUUGCUGCUAAUAGACCUCUUCAUUGGACAAUAUAAACCCUCAAACUAUGAUGCAGUUAAAGAAAAUGUUGUGAAUCAGAAGAAACAAAGUGAACCAGCAGACAAAGAGCCUAUUAUCUUUUAUAACUAUCGAUCAUUCUUCGAAUAUAUGUUGCCAUCUUCCGCCUCCAGUGAUGACAAACCAUUAACAGUAGAAAGCGCUCAGCCAACGUACCAUCCACCAAAACCUAGUUUGAUCUUCCCCUCUUUUGUUCAAAAACCAUUCCAAUUUGUCGUUUUCCUCGAAGCUUGUCUAGAAAGCUAUAAACGAUUCCAAGGCUAUGACCAGGACCGUCAAGAUAUAUUGACAACACUUUACGAUAUAUAUUUGUCGUUAUAUGAGGACGACAUUGAAGAAAGAAAGGCAGAAUGGAAAGGCAAAGCAGAAGCCGUUUUAGAAGAAACAGAAAAGUAUAAAAUAAGGCAAGCAAGUGAAAGAGCACCUGAUAGUUCACUAAUGCUUUUAAUUUCUCAUAUGCACGAUAUGAAUCCUUUUACUCUCUCAUCUAUGCAGGAAGAUGAACAAGAAUCAAAUUCGAUAAUCAGUCAUGUUAGUCUUUCUGAUGUUUUCCGCUCUAUGUGCUUGACGAAUGACCCUCACGUUUGUCUCAGUUUCCUAGAAAAAUAUGGAGAGAGCGAACACGAUUUGUAUAAGAUCGCUAUGCCUUUCUUUGUAUCAAGCAAGCAAAUUUAUGAAGAUAUCGGCGGGGAGUCUGUCUUCAGGGAGAAGAUAUUGAAUAAAGUACUAAAAUUCGAUUUGAUGUCGCCGCUUGAGAUUAUCCAAACAUUGAGCGGUACAAAUGUGGUAAAAUAUGGAGCAAUAAAGGAUUUUUUGGUAGAUUAUUUGAAGGGCGAGAACGCUGAGAUUCAAAAGAAUGAGUUAUUGGUAAAAUCAUACGAGAAAGAGCUUGACCUAAAAGUUUCAAAGCUUAAAGAAGCCUUGGCCAUUGAAUCUCCCUUGCAAGUUCAGGUUAAAAAGAGACUUUGCGAUGCGUGCAACAUCUUAUUGGAAUUUCCAAUGGUAUUCUUCAAAUGUGGUCAUCUAUACCAUCAACGCUGUUUGAAUGAGGAAACGGAUUCAGAUUUACUCUAUAGUUGUCCUCAAUGUGUUGUCGAGACAGAAUCGGCGAAGAAAACUAUGGCCACAUAUAAAAAUUCCUCACAGAACGCUAACUUACUAAGAGCCGCACUUUCUGAUUUAGAUGCCAAGGAAGACAGAUUUGCCAUCAUAUCUGAAUUCAUCGGUAAAGGUGGCCUAGAUGAUCCGGAGUGUAUUAUUACUCAAGGAUAA